GUCUGGCGGAGCAUCACAGAAGAAGCUGUACUCUGCUUCACUGGGGAAGGGGGGGGGGACCGACUUGUCCGAGUCACAUCUACACCUCCUUGACAAGAAAGCCUGCUUAAAACAAAGAGGCGUCUCCUCCUAGGCGGACGGAGUAUCUUCUUCCUGUUCAUGUUCUUUAAGGGGGCGUGGAGCGGCGUGUUUCCGCGCGUCUGCUGAGUGUUUUCUCACUGCACCCGGAAUAUUCAACCUUGGCUUUUCUAAACCAGUGGCCUGCAACGCCCUCCACAACCUAAAACGACCCCUGUGCCAGUGGACUACCUGAUUAAGUGUUUUUGACCUGGCAGUCGAUUAUUCCGCAGCUUUUGUUUUGACUGAAAACCAAAGCUAGUCAUUUCUAUUGCUGCUAUUUUUUUAAUCUCGCCUAUAACAUUGAAAACAUUUGCGUAUCUGCUUCCUUUGCAAGUUUUAAAGCAAUUCAUCUGUAAACAUGCAGACUAGAAUGGUAGCAGUGGACAUAGUAGUGGUGGCACUGUAUUUUGUCCUGGUGCUGGUCAUUGGGCUUUUCGCCAUGCGGAAAGCCAACCGCAGCACUGUAAGUGGCUACUUCCUUGCUGGACGCUCCAUGACGUGGGUAGUGAUAGGGCCGUCCCUCUUUGUCAGCAACAUCGGAAGCGAACAUUUCAUAGGUCUGGCUGGGUCAGGAGCAGCAAGCGGCUUCGCAGUAGGAGCUUGGGAAUUCAAUGCACUCCUGCUUCUGCAGCUGCUCGGCUGGGUGUUUGUCCCCGUGUACAUCUACUCUGGAGUUUACACCAUGCCUGCUUACCUGUCGAAACGCUUCGGUGGGAACAGGCUGAAAGUUUACUUUGCCUGUCUGUCUGUGCUGCUCUACAUAUUCACCAAGCUCUCUGUGGACCUGUAUGCUGGUGCUGUCUUUAUUCAAGAGUCCCUGGGGUGGAACCUUUAUCUUUCGAUUGUUCUGCUCAUCAGUAUGACUGCCCUGCUCACCGUGACUGGUGGACUGGUUGCAGUGCUCUACACAGAUGCCCUUCAGGCAGUGCUGAUGAUUGGUGGAGCCCUGACCUUAACCAUUAUGAGCCUAAUCAAAGUUGGUGGACUAGAAGGGGUCAGAACUAAGUAUAUGCAGGCCAUUCCUAAUGUCACUGCUAUAAUGGCUGCUGGAAACUACACAUAUUCACCGUCUUGUCGCAUCGAACCAAAGCCAAACUCACUGCGCAUCCUUCGCGGCCCUCUGGAUGAGGACAUUCCUUGGCCAGGUUUCAUUCUGGGGCAAACCCCUGCGUCCAUUUGGUACUGGUGUGCAGACCAGGUCAUUGUGCAGAGAGUAUUAGCUGCCAAAAACAUUGCUCAUGCUAAGUGCUCAACACUCAUUGCCGGAUUUCUCAAGAUCCUGCCUAUGUUUAUGAUAGUCAUUCCAGGAAUGAUCUCCCGCAUCAUGUUCACAGAUGAGAUUGCCUGCAUCGGGCCGGAGCACUGCAUGGCCGUGUGUGGUUCCCAGGCUGGCUGCUCGAACAUCGCCUACCCACGCCUGGUCAUGGCGGUGAUGCCCGUGGGACUCAGGGGCCUCAUGAUGGCGGUGAUGAUCGCUGCUCUGAUGAGCGAUCUCGACUCCAUCUUCAACAGUGCGAGCACCAUCUUCACCCUGGACAUUUACCAGACUGUUCGGAAGGCGGCCUCUCAGCGCGAGCUGCUGAUCGUAGGCCGCAUGUUUGUUGUGUUCAUGGUGGUAAUCAGCAUUGCAUGGGUCCCUGUAAUCAUUGAGAUGCAAGGUGGACAGACAUACCUGUACAUCCAGGAAGUUGCUGGCUACCUCACCCCACCAAUCGCUGCCCUUUUUCUGCUUGGUGUGUUCUGGAAGAGGUGUAACGAGACGGGCGCCUUCUGGGGAGGCAUGACGGGUUUCACGCUCGGUGCGAUACGACUGAUCCUUGCCUUCCUGUACCGUCAGCCUCGCUGUGACCAGCCAGACGACAGACCAUUCUUCAUUGUUCACAUUCACUACAUGUACUUCGCCGCUGGACUCUUCUGGAUUUCGGGGCUGGUUGCCGUGGUGGUCAGCCUUUGCACCUCUGCACCAGAUGAUGAGCAGGUUCGCACCAGCACAAUCUGGGGGCUCCGCAGGCUUGAAAAAGUUCCCCCAAAAGACAGAGAUAAAAUGUACCGACUCACAGAGAAGAACCAAUGCAACGGCGCUGGAGGCUACUACAAAGACAUUCCCGUGGAUGUCAAAAGGCAAAGGUGUUUAGAUGGAGUUGAAAUCAAACUUCUGGUCCCAUACACAGAGUACGAUCCAGCUACGCCCAGCACGGAAACGUCCCCUGCCUCCACCCCUGCUGAACAGCACCCUUUGAAAAAGAUGGACAUGAUCAGAGCAGAGCAAGGCUGUCACGGCCAAGGAGAGAGAGGCCUGUGCAUGCGCUUUAUUGACUGUUUCUGUGGGUACAAAGAAGAACCCAAUGGCGCUCCGCAGAGAGUCAAACAGGAAGAUGAACGGGUGGUUGCAGAGUUGCUGUAUGAGUCCCCCAGGGUCCAACUUCUUCUCAACCUGGCCCUAAUGGUGGUCUGCUGUGUGGGCAUUUUCAUGUUUGUUUAUUUCUCACUUUAGUUGAACCCUACACUGAAAUAAUUGGAACUUUUAUUAGAAUAUAUUUUGAAGGUGUAAGAUAUGUGCAAGAUUUUAUGGGAUGUUAAAAAAAAUUUCACUGAAUUUAAAUCUUGUCUGUAAUAUUUACAGUAGUUUUUUGUAACGCACUAACGGGGAUAUAAGUUUGUUAUCUUUUUUGAUAACAAGCUGAUUAAAUGAGUAAAGCUUCUCUAUGUAAAAAAAGAAAAGUAAAACACGUUUUACUUUUAUAUGAGUUUGAAUCCUAUUGUUCUUAAUCUUGCAUUUAAAAACACUACUUCGAUUUUCAAAGCUGUUCUAUAAGUGAAUUUAAUAUUUGCCUUACUAUACAUGUUUUUUAGUGAUUCAGACUUCGUUUUUUUAAGUGGUGCAAGAGAAAACAUCGAGAAGAAUUGAUUGUUACACUGGUAGUUGUGCAUAUACAUUUAUUUUUAUAAUGAAUUUUUUAAUAGUGAUAAAUAACAAUAUUAGUUUGAGUUCAUGUGUUGCAUCUAGAAUAACUUAAUACAGUUAGUGUUUAGUAUUAAGAAACAUGUACAUGUUUUGCAGCUCAUCGGUGUCAGAAAAAGAAGCACAACUUAAGAGAUUGUUAUUUUGCAAUAUUUGUGGGUGUUCCAAUCAAGUUGCUUUUGACCAAAUUCCAGUCAUAUCCGGAGCUCUAUAAAUAUUCUUACCGGUUUAAACAUUGCGUUGUCCGCUACUCUGUUUAUGUUUGUGAUUAAUUUGUUUGUGGCUGUAUGCUGUGCUAUAGGUCUGAACUAAAAGCUGUUUAUACAUUAUUGAAUUGUAACAGAAAGCACCAGUUCUGAUGAUUCUGUAUAUGUAUUUAUUUGAUCUCUUUUCCUGUUUGGCAUCAGACAUUUCAAGCCUACUGCAAUAUUUUAACAUUGUCUGAAAAUAUUUCAGCGUUAAUUUCAUUGAGAUUUUUGUCAAACUAGGGUUGUUUCCUGUGUGUCUCUGUGUUUAUAAAUGCUGAUUAUUUCUCUUUUUAAGUGCAUUUUCUAUGAACCUCUUACCAAAUGUGUCUUAUAGUGCAGUGCGUAAGUGAAAAAAGAUGGAAAUUUACAAAACACACAGUAAUACAACAUUUGUUUAAAGCCAUACCAUGAUCAACUUUUUCAUGUAGUGUGUUUUUUUUUUUUUUGCUUUGUAUGAAUUGAAAUUGAUAGUGUAAAACUUAAAUAAUAUAUAGUUGACAGGUUUAGCACUUUGUUGGCGCAGCUUACUUCUGACAUUGUCGGUGGUCAUCAGCAUUUUCUUUUUAAAUCUGCUGACUUACUGGUUUAGGGUCACACACAUCUCAACGACUCAUAACUACAAAGGAUACCAAAAGAACAAAACAAAAGGAAGAUUUGACUCCAGUGUUGCCCGACCUUAGACCAAGACGUCGGUGUAUGAAUGUGACGGGCCAACCCUUUUCCAUGUUAAAACGUGUUUGAAAGAUAAGAGAUGAUUGCUGUAUGGGAAAGAGCUUUAAAAGGGGUUUUCUUUCCUUUUUGGGAGAAUAUACAUUAAUAUUUUAAGGAUUUAUUUUUAGAGACUGAAAAUAAAGUUUCUGUGGAAACUAGAA